AUGCCGUUUAUGCAUGGGGCGGUGCCGCUGAGGCGCACCUACUACUUCUUACAACAGGGGAAGAUCUUCUUCAGGGAAAAUGUCUCGGUAUUUGCAAUGAGCUUCCACUUGAGACCAAAACCUGAACAAAAGGGAGUGCGGGAUUUCAUUUUCUGGCAUUGGGCACAGCUGCAGUUCAACAACCCAAAAGUUCAAUUGGUCAAGCACCGGGAGCUGGAAAUUAUAACCCCAUUUGCACGGGCGUAUCUUGACGACGGUCGUGAGGUGCUGUUCGACCUAGAAGGGAUGGGACGCGAAGAGAUUGAGCAGCAAAUCAUACAAACACUUGGCAAGACAGAAAUCGUACGAAAGCGCGAGUCGUUGGAGGCUAUUGCCAAAGUCAAUCCGGCCGACUUUGGGACAAACUGUGAAAGACAAUGUAUUUGCGAGGUACAAGGGCAGCACACUUGCACCGGACUCAUACGGGCGCCGAAAACGCUCACAGGAAAAUAUAGAUGGAAUCACAAUCUCCUA